UUGAGCCUCCUGCAGAGCGCACGGAGAAAAUCAAGAAGCGUUAUCGGCCGGGGGCGAAGGGCACAGUGCCGGGACGGCCAGCAGGCUGCCAGGCUCUGCCGGGAGAGGUGCCAGCGCUGGACGUGGCCGCUGUCAGGGCACAAACGGCUCCUUCAUGAGCCCAGGCCGCGCAGCCCGGCGCCUGGGGAGCGGCCUCGGGGCGGGGAGCGGCGGCAGCGCCCGUGUGCCCCCCGGCAACGCGCGGAGGAGGGCGACGCUUCGGCGGGGCUGGGGCCCUCCUCCUCACCAGGUAGAUACCUCUCUCCUCUGGCUCUGCAUCCUGGAGAUGGCAGCACCCAAGGUCGCAGUGGUUGGUGCUGGAGUCAUCGGCCUGUCCACAGCACUGUGCAUCUUGGAGACUUGUCCUAGCUGCUCUGUGACGGUCUUUUCAGACCAGUUCAGUCCCAACACAACGAGUGAUGUUGCAGCUGGGAUGCUCAUCCCUCACACCUACCCAGGCACACCGAUCCAUGUGCAGAAGCAGUGGUUCAAAGAGACCUUCACUUACCUUUUUGCCAUCAGCCAGUCAGCCGAGGCUUCAGAGGCUGGCAUUCACCUUGUCUCUGGGUGGCAGGUCUUUAAAAACACUCCCAAGGAAGAGUUACCUUUCUGGUCAGAUGUUGUCCUGGGAUUUCGACCAAUGUCCAAAGCAGAACUCCAAAGGUUUCCACAGCACCAGUUCGGUCAAGCCUUUACGACACUGAAAUGUGACUGUCCACCUUACCUCCUGUGGCUGGAGAAAAGGUUGAAAGCAACUGGCGUCCAGAUGUACACCAGAAAAGUUGCAGACUUGUGGGAGCUGCACAGCGAAUAUAACGUCGUUGUCAACUGUGCGGGCAUUGGAGCCCACCAGCUGGUGGGGGACAAGGAGCUCUUCCCUGUCAGGGGACAAGUACUCAAGGUUCACGCUCCCUGGGUGAAAAACUUCAUCCGGAAUGGGGAUGGCUUAACUUACAUCUACCCGGGCAUACACAGGGUAACCCUAGGGGGAACCAGGGAAGUGGAGAGCUGGAGUCUCUCCCCUGACCCUGGCACUACCAAAGAUAUCUUUGACAGAUGCUGUUCCCUUGAGCCCUCGCUGCGGAGAGCUCAGGAUAUCAAGGUGAAGGUGGGCCUGAGGCCAUCCAGGUGGUGUGUGAGACUGGAGAGAGAGGUCUUGAGCCAGGGGGGAGUUAAGCUUCCAGUAGUCCACAACUAUGGACAUGGGGCAGGUGGCUUUUCAGUACACAGGGGCACAGCCAAAGAGGCUGCUUGCCUGGUGGGGGAGUGCAUUGCUGCUCUGCAAGUCUCCUCAUCAAAAGCCAAGCUUUGAAUCCCAGAGGCCCCUUUUGCAUUUAUGACAGGCUGGUGUCGCAUCUCCUGGUAGCAGCUUUUGAUUUUUACUCCGUAACGAGAUAGAAGGAACCUAGGACAACAGCUUGUGUCACUCAGAUGCUCGGUGGUAUCUCACCUAACUUCUAGCUGCCACAUUGGAAAGGCAUGAUGGGUUGAGCCAAGUAUUAGUCCAGCUGUCCUUCUUCUCCAUCUGGCAUUGUUUCUGCCCUGGGCGUUUCUCCUAGCCUCAUGAUAAGGAGAAGGCAAGUAAAUACCCUUCACAUAACAGGGAUCAGGUUGCUGCAGUAUAAUACAAAUAACAUCAAUUUAGCAUUUCUUGAUCUGCAUCUAAAGGGUAUUGGAUGCAUUAGGUUCAGACUCAGUGAAAACUAGUUCUCUCCUCUUGUACCAAAUCUAAUCUAGUAUUGCCCUUGCUCCUGCCAUCUUGCUAACAAACUUUACCAUUUUCCAUAUGAUUUACAAGGAAAAGAAAACCCCAUAGUGCUCCAUUACGGUGCUUCAGGUCAGCUCUUACAGAAAGCAAUGCUAGGUCACUGUUAUGCACAGUGACCCAGGAAAGUGUGAUUUUAAGAGCAGGUCUGUGACACUGACCACUGCAUUUCCUCAAUAUUACACCCUGGGGAUCUUAAGACAAGUUUCUGCCAGAGGAAGUUGCCCUGUAUGAGAUACAGUUUGGGGCAUCUUUUCUGACACUUGUUUGCAAGUCUUUUUUUUUUUCUCCAAGCCGCUUAGAUUUUGCUCUCAGACACAGAUGAUAUUUUUCCCCCCAACAGCAGUAUUGACAUGGCCUGUGUUCUACAGAAGAGGAUUUUUCAGGGUGGGCUUGGGAGUACAAGCAUCUGUUUUCUACUUUGCAUCAGCACUGGCUGCUUUCCUUGCAACAGCUGAUGUGAAUAAAUAGGUGACAAAUCACAAGGAUCUUAACACUCUGCAGGCUGAGCUGGGCUUUACACUCUGCUCAGCAGUUCAAGCUGCUUGAUGGGGCUGAGAUAGUCACUCCCCAAAACUGGAGCUUAUUGUCAAAGUACAAGUCUGACUGUUAGUGAUGAAACCGCUCGUUAGAUAUUAAAUAACUCAUUCAAGAGCAUUAGCAUCCACUUUUGUCUAUUUUUUUUGUCCUUAAAGUUACAAAACAAAUCAAAAUCCUUCAAGAGUUCACAUGAUUAAAAUGAACCGAUAAAUAAAAUUCUACUAAUGGAGCAAA